AUGAUAGAAAAGUUACUUGAGGAAAAACCAAAACCUCGAAUAACAGAGAUUCUUCCUAAUACAAAGAGAACUUAGGAAUUAUAUGCUAAAAAGCAAGCCGAAGAGCGAAAAAAGAAAGCAGAAUUGGAACAAUAAUUAAAAGCCCGUCAAGAAAAAGAAAUGUAAAUUCAUAAGAUGUAUGAAGAGCGCAAAAAGAAAAUGUAAUAAGAAGAAUAAAAUAAAAAAGAAGAAGAGCGAAAGAAAGCUGAAGAGCGUUAACAAAUAUCAACUUUAAAAGGAAAAUUUGGAUUAAAUAUGUGUCGUAAAAAUAUUAGAGAUAGUGAAGGUAUUGAAAUAGCUAAUAAUCUAAAAAAAAACUUUGUUUUAGAAAGAUUAGAACUUGAAGGAAAUUUACUUGGUCCUAAAUCUUGUGCUGCUAUAGCAAAUUUAUUAGAAGAGAAUAAUACUAUUAGAGUUGUUGAUUUAGAAGGUAAUGACCUUACUAAUGGAGGUAAAGAUUUUCAUGGAAUUGAAGUUUUGGCUUAGAUUUUGAAAAAAAAUGAUACUUUGUUAUGUUUGAAUUUGACUAAUACUAAUUUGGAUAAAAAUUGCAGUCAAAUGUUGUUAGAAAUGCUUGAAAAAAAUGAUACUAUUAUUAAUUUAGAUAUUGAUCAAAAUCCCAAUAUGGGUUUAGAAGAUGUGAGAAAAAUCUAAGAAAAAUUAAAAAAAAUAAAUAAGAUUAUGAUGAUUAAAGAUUAGAGGAAUUUCUUGAAAGGAAAAAAAUGA